GAAUCUCCUGCCCCCAAGAUCCAAAAGACUUCCUUGUACAAACCUUCGUUCUCGAAGGAUAUAACAUUACCAGCUUUUCUCAAGUAAGAAUCUCACAAAAAUGUCGUGUCAAGCCUAUAAAAGAGUCAAGUAUGAAGAAAAGGAAGAUGCCAAGGCUACAAUACAACUGGAAGCAAAAGCCCGUGGCUAUGGCGUCGCCUUUCGGCAGCCAGGAUGGCCAAGGACAAUAAUUCAAGUCACAAUAUUGGGGAGAUCGUUUACGCGCGCAUUUACUCGCAGUAAAGAGCGCAGUCUGCAUAAAAUGGAACAGAAGGUAGCGAAAAGGGCACUGUAUCAUCUCCGCCAACUGCCUCUUCUGCCGCCAACCCUUCCUCCCCACCCUCGCCCACCUCGUGCAGAUCCACUCUCCGCUAUUUGCGGACCAGUAUACUCUGAGAUACCACAUGGGGGACCUCUGGCACGAUUCUGCCCUUCUUACGGAUGGCCAUCUAUCCUGGGGAAGAGGAAGAGAGAUGAAAAAGAUGAACCAGUCUACACAGCUGGAACUAAUGCAUAUGCUGUCACAGGUUUUAUUGACGAGCUCAAAUUGAGUGACAAGGAGAAACAAACUACCGAAGUUAGCCUGAAGCCCAAUCUCGACCCCCUCCGAUUGCUCACCAGCCAACAGUUUAAAGGAGGCAUGGAGCAUGCAUUGUCACUCCUUCUGGUCGCCACAUUUCGUCGAAUUGAAAAUCCAACCGAGAGACAGGAGUUCCUUGACAGGUGCAUGGCGCGCACAUCCAAGAUGGAUCCUACACUCUUCUAAGCGGUACCGAUGCACGCGAUACGAUGUACGACUAGACACGCUUUGCCUUUGUUUUUAUCUUUUUUAUUUGUGGCACAAAUAACUUGGUUGGAUGAAUGGACGGCUAGACA